AUGGAUAAACAAAGUGAUUUUGAUCGUCUCCUCUUCUUGGAAGAACCUCGUAACACCUUUGAUCGUCUCCUCUUUUUAGAAGACGCUCGUAAGACCUCCGAAGUUGCUUACGCAGAGAAUCCUCUCGAUGCAGAUAAUCUAACCAAGUGGGGAAACGCCCUGCUUGAGCUAUCCCAAUUUCAUAAUGAUAAUACUUUCGAAGCAAUUAAAAUUAUUGAGGAAGCUGUUUCUAAGCUGAAAGAGGCGUUGGUGGUUGACCCGAACAAGCACAAUGCGUUAUGGUGCCUGGGGAAUGCUUACACUGCCCAUGCUUUUUUAAUCCCCGAUCAAAACCAAGCCAAGGAUUAUUUCAACAAGGCAUCUAAUUGUUAUUACCAGACUCUUGAUAUGGUCAACUUUCAUGACAUUAUUUAA